AUGCCUACGGAUGAUGUUCUUCUCAUUAGCUCGUGGUUAAACACAAGCAAAGACUCUGUAGUUGGCAACAAGCAAAGAUCAGGAGCAUUUUGUCCAUCCACGCAAACUUCAAAGUUUGUUGACCUACUUAACAGUCAACAAACUAUUUCCUUCGGUAACUUUGAAGAUAGUAUCGAACUAUCUUCAAACUUUGGCGGCAUUCCUGCAGCGCGUAGUGUCGAACUAUCUUCAAACUUUGACGGCACUCCUGCAGCGCGUAGAGAAAGGAGGAAAUGGAUGCCUACGGAUGAUGUUCUUCUCAUUAGCUCGUGGUUAAACACAAGCAAAGACUCUAGAGAGGCUUGCCACUGCAAGCAGCGUUGGCACAAGAUCAGUGACCUCGUCUGCAAGUUUUGUGGAUGCUAUGAGGCUGAUACUAGAGAGAAAAGCUGCGGGCAAACUGAGAAUGAUAUACUCAAAUUGGCUCAUCAGAUAUUCUACAACAACCACAACAAGAAAUUUACACUUGAACACGCUUGGAAGGAGUUUUGGAACAACCAUAAGUGGUGUGAGCUAUCCACUGCCAAGAACGAAGGAAGCUCUAAAAAAGAAAAUGUGAGGACGGGGCAGAUUCAUCAAGCUCUCGAGCAACUGAAUCCAAGCGUCCUCCGGGUGUUAAGGCUGCAAAGGCUAGUGGGAAGAAGACGCUGGUGA